AUGCUCACCGGUCGAGCUCAGUUCCAGAUCAUCCCUCAAUUGGGAUUUUGGACUGCUCCCACCACAGUGCACCUGCCUCUUAAAGAUCCCGACACACGCGCUGCUUGCUUCUCUUCGCAAGCCUUCUUCCAUUCCCUCCGAGUCCAGCAUCUACUCCACAAACUUGACCAUGGGCUCGGCUGGCCCCAACAUCCGUCCGCCAUGGAGGGAAUCUCCGCUCGCACUUCUCCGGUCCUCACCGGGCGAUCCCUCCCCGACACACUUCUUUUCCUCCUCUGGUGGGAAUGCUGGACUCGGGUGUGUGUCCACGAGGCCAGAUCACUGGGCUGCAAGUUUACUCUCGUGGUUCCGCUCAGCACGUCAGAGUACAUGAUCGCCAAAAUUCUCCAGGCUGGAGCUUCCACCGUCAUCCAGGAAGGCAACUCUUGGGCCGAGGCUGAUGCUCACUUGAAAGACAUCCUGAUGCCAAGGGCAAGAGAACUAGGCAUUAACGCCGUCUACGUGCAUCCCUUCGACCACGAAGAUAUCUGGGACGGGCACUUUACAAUGAUUGAUGAAGUCGUCCGUCAGCUCCAGGAAUAG